CUGUAAACCAUGGCUGUGUGGAUCCAGGCCCAGCAGCUCCAGGGAGACGCUCUUCAUCAGAUGCAAGCGCUGUAUGGCCAGCAUUUCCCCAUUGAGGUGCGGCAUUAUCUCUCCCAGUGGAUUGAGAGCCAAGCCUGGGACUCAAUAGAUCUUGAUAAUCCACAGGAGAACAUUAAGGCCACCCAGCUCCUGGAGGGCCUGGUGCAGGAGCUGCAGAAGAAGGCGGAGCAUCAGGUGGGGGAAGAUGGGUUCUUACUGAAGAUCAAGCUGGGGCACUACGCCACCCAGCUGCAGAACACGUACGACCGCUGCCCCAUGGAGCUGGUCCGCUGCAUCCGCCACAUCUUGUACAACGAGCAGAGGCUGGUCCGAGAAGCCAACAACGGAACUGCUCCAGCCGGGAGCCUUGUGGACGCCAUGUCCCAGAAACACCUUCAGAUCAACCAGACUUUUGAGGAGCUGCGGCUGGUCACUCAGGACACAGAGAAUGAGCUGAAGAAGCUGCAGCAGACGCAAGAGUACUUCAUCAUCCAGUAUCAAGAGAGCCUGAGGAUCCAGGCUCAGUUUAGCCAGCUGAGCCAGCUGAACCCCCAGGAGCGUCUGAGCCGGGAGACGGCCCUGCAGCAGAAGCAGGUGUCCCUGGAGGCCUGGCUCCAGCGCGAGGCGCAGACGCUGCAGCAGUACCGCGUGGAGCUGGCGGAGAAGCACCAGAAGACCCUGCAGCUGCUGCGGAAGCAGCAGACCAUCAUUCUGGACGAUGAACUGAUUCAGUGGAAGCGGCGGCAGCAGCUGGCCGGGAACGGAGGGCCCCCCGAGGGCAGCCUGGACGUGCUGCAGUCCUGGUGUGAGAAGUUGGCCGAGAUCAUCUGGCAGAACCGGCAGCAGAUCCGCAGGGCUGAGCACCUGUGCCAGCAGCUGCCCAUCCCCGGCCCGGUGGAGGAGAUGCUGGCGGAGGUCAAUGCCACCAUCACAGACAUCAUCUCAGCCCUGGUGACCAGCACCUUCAUCAUCGAGAAGCAGCCCCCCCAGGUCCUGAAGACCCAGACCAAGUUCGCGGCCACCGUGCGCCUGCUGGUGGGCGGGAAGCUGAACGUGCACAUGAACCCGCCCCAGGUGAAGGCCACCAUCAUCAGCGAGCAGCAGGCCAAGUCGCUGCUCAAGAACGAGAACACUCGCAAUGACUACAGCGGCGAGAUCUUGAACAACUGCUGCGUGAUGGAGUACCACCAGGCCACCGGCACCCUGAGCGCCCACUUCAGGAACAUGUCCCUGAAACGAAUUAAGAGGUCUGAUCGUCGUGGAGCCGAGUCAGUGACAGAAGAGAAAUUUACAAUCCUGUUUGAAUCACAGUUCAGUGUUGGUGGAAAUGAGUUGGUUUUUCAAGUUAAGACGCUGUCCCUCCCAGUAGUGGUGAUCGUUCACGGCAGCCAGGACAACAACGCCACAGCCACCGUGCUCUGGGACAACGCUUUUGCAGAGCCUGGCCGGGUGCCCUUCGCCGUGCCCGACAAAGUGCUGUGGCCACAGCUGUGUGACGCGCUCAACAUGAAGUUCAAGGCCGAGGUGCAGAGCAACCGGGGCCUGACCAAGGAGAACCUCGUGUUCCUGGCACAGAAACUCUUCAACAGCAGCAGCAGCCACCUGGAGGACUACAGCAGCAUGUCCGUGUCCUGGUCCCAGUUCAACAGGGAGAAUUUACCAGGACGGAAUUACACUUUCUGGCAGUGGUUUGAUGGCGUGAUGGAAGUGUUAAAAAAACAUCUCAAGCCUCACUGGAAUGAUGGAGCUAUCUUGGGUUUCGUGAACAAGCAACAGGCCCACGACCUGCUCAUCAACAAACCCGAUGGGACCUUCCUGCUGAGAUUCAGCGACUCUGAAAUUGGGGGCAUCACCAUCGCCUGGAAGUUUGAUUCUCAGGAAAGAAUGUUUUGGAAUCUGAUGCCUUUUACCACCAGAGACUUCUCCAUCCGGUCCUUGGCUGACCGCCUGGGGGACCUGAAUUACCUCAUCUACGUGUUUCCUGACCGGCCGAAGCACGAGGUGUACUCCAAAUAUUACACGCCGGUUCCCUGCGAGCCUGCCACUGCUAAAGCAGCGGACGGGUACGUGAAGCCGCAGAUCAAGCAAGUGGUCCCCGAGUUUGUAAACGCCUCUUCGGACUCUGCGGGGGGCAGCGCCACCUACAUGGACCAGGCCCCCUCCCCAGCCGUGUGCAACCAGCCUCACUUUAACAUGUACCCACAAAACACUGACCCUGUCCUUGACACCGACGGGGACUUUGAUCUGGAUGACACGAUGGACGUGGCGCGGCGUGUGGAGGAACUGUUAGGCCGACCAAUGGACAGUCAGUGGAUCCCCCAUGCGCAGUCGUGACCCCCCGCCUCCACCUUCAGCUUCUUCGUCCUCGCCAGAGGAGUUACUCUUGUGGAUGUUUUAAUUCCAUGAAUCGCUUGUCUUUGGAAACAAUACUCAUAAUGUGAAGUGUUAAUACUAGUUGUGACUUUAGUGUUUCUGUGCAUGGUGGCACCAGUGAAGGGAGCGUGUGAGAGAGAAUGUGAGUGUGUGUGUGUGCGCACAUUGUAUUCUCCCCCUCGCUGUCCAGAGUUCAGUUGUAGCAAAGGGGCCGCAGAGGCUGCGGCUUGGUGGUUUUAACCUUGUACGCAAAGAUUUGUUCCUUGAACCCUGGAACUCGGCCAUGUGCCUUGAGGGAACUGAACUUUGAUGUGUGGCUGUUCAAGUAAGGGAAAGACAAAGCGGGGAGAAGGCACCUCCUCUCUGGGGAGACUUUGUCACUGUGCCUGCCAAGCCAUUGAUGUAUAACGUGAUUGUCUUCGCCUUUCUUCUCAAGUGUAGCAACUGCCUUUUGACAAAGCCAGCCCUCCCUCCUCCCCUCUCCCCCUUCCCCCAUUUUCCUGGGAAGAGAUGGGAAAGGGGAGACAUUCCACAAUUGUGGGAGCAAGAGGGGUCUUAAGUUUUCGAGUGGGUAGUGGCUUUUAAGUAACGCCCGUCUUAAUGUUCUGUCCCACUCUGGAACCGCCCUCCGCGCCUCAGUGGGCACGUGCAAACGGCCUGCGAGCUGCAGGAAAGAGAGGGCCACCUCACCGGCGCCUGCGGCAUCCAUGUCCUCUGUGUCCGCCAGAGUGGCCUGCCCAGCCUUGACUCCAGGUACUGGGAGUGUCGAUGGCCGCGGGACGGCUGGGGCCAGUCUGCCCGGCCGCCUGCACCAGCAGAGACACAGCAAGGCUUGGCGAAGGCUCAGGCUCACGGAGAACGCUUCUUAGCAGAUGUUUAAUGUGUUUUUGUCGCUCACCAGGACUGUUUUCCCCUCUGCCCUCGCGUGACACACGCACCCCUCCCACAUCAGGUCCUUGCCGCCCAGCCAGGGCGCCCGGGCCCUCGCCUUCACCCGGCCCUCGCCGUCACGCGCCCUCUCAGGAGCCGGUGGCCGGGGCCCUGGGAACCGGGGCGGGGCGUGGCCCAGGCGCGGGGUGUGGGCGUUGGUAGUCUGGGGGAAACGCAGUCAGCAGUUUUGCCGGGAAGUUUGGGUAAACUGCAAACGCAGAACAAAUACGCCUCCGCACAAUUUUGCCCAGUUUCUUCCGCAGCUUCACACCUGAAGGAAGGAAUGGCCGCGGCAGGCGAGCGGGAAGGGGAGGGGUCCGACAGCCCGUGGGGAGGCCGGCGAGGUCCCCCAGGCCCCUGUCCGGAGGAAGGCGAGACCGCACCCAGGAGAGAAUGGCCCUAAAGACCGUAUUUUUAUAUAUAUAUAUGAGUAAAUAAACAGAUAUUUUUUUUUUACAAAAAUAACAAUUUAUCAGUGUUUUGAUGUUAAAGGAAAAGAUUACUCUGUAGUAAAUUAUUUAUUGGAAGGUGAUUUUUUUAAAAAGCUGCUGUUUGCCCUGGCUUGGUUUCAUACACUGAUUUAUUUUUCUAUGCUGGGCAGUAGAAUCUCUGCCCCUGAGGAGCAGGCUGACCCCGCCACGGAUACCAGCAUUGGCGUAGGAUGCUGCUGAGCCCCCAGUGCCCCUGGGAUGGAGGAAAUGCCAGGUGUGAGGCGCGGGAGAGGAGGCCCGGCCGCGCAAACCCAGGCUUCCAGAGCCCGCCCGCAGCCCUGGCCUCGGAGGUCCGCACCAGCACGGGCCCAC